AACACAGAGGAAAGAGGACAAAUCGUCGCUAAUCGCCGACGAAGCGAACGGCCCUUUCGAAAUCACGUCUGACGGCAACGUCGUCAACGCCAGCGAUGGCGGCGAAAAUGGAACGCCACGCCAAUCAUUCCAGUUCCAUCACAACACGUACGGGUACGGAGCCCGGAAACGCUGUCCGGGGAGCUGCGACUGCUGCCCCGCGCCCACCUGUUGCGCGUGGAUUCCCAAACGUUAUUCAGUGGCGAUUAUGAGCUGUAUUGGGUUUCUGAUAUCUUUCGGGAUAAGAUGUAAUCUGGGCGUGGCCAUCGUUGAUAUGGUGAAUAAUGAGACGGUCCAUUUUGGAGGAGUAGCACAAUUACACGAGCCUGAGUUCGAUUGGAGUGUUAAGACGAUAGGUGCGAUGCAUGGUUCAUUUUUCUGGGGUUACAUAAUAACUCAAGUACCGGGUGGGUUCCUUGCCGCUAGGUUUCCUGCAAACAGAAUAUUUGCCACAGCUAUCUUUAUUUCGUCCAUUUUAAAUCUCUUAAUACCCAUGGCUUGUCACGUGAGUCCUAUGAUGGUCAUCGCUAUCAGGAUGCUACAGGGCUUCGUUGAGGGUGUGGAGUACCCAGCAUGCCAUGGGAUGUGGAGUAAGUGGGCGCCCCCUCUCGAGAGGAGUAAGCUAGCUACUAUCGCUUUCUCAGGUUCGUAUGCUGGGGCUGUUAUUGGAAUGCCUCUAGCGGGUAUCUUGACAGACUAUGCGGGCUGGCCAUCAGUAUUCUAUGUCUUUGGUUGUAUGGGAAUUAUCUGGUAUGCAUUCUUCAUGUGGGUAGUUUACGAGACACCAGCCAAGCAUCCAUACAUCAGUAAAGAAGAGAGGAAUUACAUCGAGGAGAGCAUUGGGGAGGGACGUGGACUAGUCACUCAAAAGAUUACGGUCGGCAACGUUCCCUGGAAGAAGUUUUUCACAUCGAUGCCAGUAUAUGCCAUCAUCGUAGCGAACUUCUGUCGUAGUUGGACCUUCUAUCUACUCUUAACCAGUCAGCCAUCUUACUUUGAACAAGUGUUUGAUUACGCAAUAUCUAAGGUUGGGUUCAUCUCGGCUUUACCUCAUCUCGUCAUGGCGAUCAUCGUUCCAUUUGGUGGACAACUCGCUGACUUCCUUCGAAGAAGAAAAUAUAUGUCAACCACUAUGGUCAGGAAAGUCUUCAACUGCGGAGGCUUUGGUGGUGAGGCGAUAUUUUUGCUGGUUACUGCAUAUUCAAGAGGUCGUAUGAUGGCCAUUAUAUCUCUGUGCUUAGCUGUAGGCUCUAGUGGCUUUGCUAUAUCAGGUUUCAACGUAAAUCAUCUAGAUAUUGCUCCUCGGUAUGCUAGUAUCUUAAUGGGUAUUUCGAAUGCUGUAGGUACGUUAUCGGGAAUCAUCUGCCCAGAAGUCACGGGGAAUCUCACGAAAAACCAUACUGCAGAUGAAUGGGAGAAAGUGUACUUGGUAGCAGCUAUCGUCCAUUUUACUGGUGUGCUCUUUUAUGGUAUAUUCGCGUCGGGUGAAAAACAACCGUGGGCGGAACUUGCAGAGCCACCCGCACAGGACGGCUUCGUAACGGAUAACGGAGUGGGUGGUGGAGGAGGAAUGAAGAGCUAUGGCGCCCUCACCGAAUCCGGCCAGACAAUGAUGCCAACGAGUGUCACGAAUGGCGGCUAUGGUCUAUCAAGUGCUGUCUACCCAACCACUAAGGAAUCCUUCGUCCAACCCCUACCCUACCGCAGGAAUAGCAGUAGCGAAGAUAGUACGUUAGAUGGAGAGGAUCGCGACUUAUAGUGGUAGCUCGUCCGGCCCCGUCGAUAGAAUGUAUAUAAUCGAAUACCAGGCGUAGUUCUAAGAAGGAAAGUCAUCAUUGGUCAUCACCGGAGCCAUCUAUACAAAGAGUUUGGCCAACUUGGUUUCACUGGGUCACAACAUGGCGUAUAUUCUUUUGUGUUGUGCUUGCCCAACAAAGCAGUGGUUGCUAUAUUGUGUCCAACUCGAUCCGGGUUGUCCAAACUAUGUGUAAAGAUGGCUUUGGUCAUCACUGCUGUAGUGUCCUACCUGAAUUGCUUACAUGACAUCAAGAGUUGCGUCAAUGAGUACGGGACAGUCUGCAUUGAGCCAUAGACCACGUGGUCCAGGAUUGAAGUUUGUUUGUUUAGAGUAGGACAUUGACCAGGUAAAUGUCGUCAUAUAAGCUGGUGUAACCAGUUAUUUAGUUGUUAGAUUAUAAAUUAUGAAAAAAGAAGAAAAAAAAACCGAAGAGUCACAAGCUGUUCGACGACAGUAGAAGGGAAGAAGAUUAUUUACGUUUCUCAGAUCUGCUAACAAAAACACAGCAUCUGAUUUUAGAACCUUUACCCGGUUGCCCGCACUACGGUCGCUUCUGCCGUUGGCAAUACACAUCUCUUGGGGCCUUUUCGUGGGCAGCCGGAAUUUUUGUUGGUGUUAAAGAUGUUUGAACAUGCAAUGGUCAGUUGGAUGUGAAUCAGUCAUUAGUAUGGUCCUAUUACGAAUUCAAUGCAACAGUGGUAAUUACAUUUAAGCAUUACAAAAAAAAAGUUCGUUGUAACAAUAAUUGAAAAGGUAACUAUUGCAUUUCAAUGGCAGGGUGUUCUGCAGGCACUAAUUCAAAUUUAAGUCACAUCUGGGACCUGUUUCACAAAGCCUUUAUUCAAUGACAAAUGACAAAAAUCAGUGACAAUUCUGCUGAUAACCAAUCAGAAGCAA